AUGGCGUCGCCAACGAUCAAGCUGAACAACGGCUUGGACAUGCCGCAGGUCGGAUUCGGUCUCUGGAAGGUCGAGAACAGCGUCUGCGCCGACGUCGUCUACAACGCCAUCAAGGCUGGAUACCGCUUGUUCGACGGUGCCUGUGACUACGGAAACGAAGUCGAGUGCGGCCAGGGCGUCAAGCGCGCCAUCGACGAGGGCCUCGUCAAGCGUGAGGAGCUCUUCAUCGUCUCCAAGCUUUGGAACACGUUCCACGACGGCGAGCGCGUUGAGCCCAUCGUCAAGAAGCAGCUCGCCGACUGGGGCAUUGACUACUUCGACCUGUACCUGAUCCAUUUCCCCGUGGCCCUUGAGUACGUCGACCCUUCGGUCCGCUACCCACCUGGCUGGCACUAUGACGACGCCGGCACCGAGAUCCGCCCCAGCAAGGCCACCAUCCAGGAGACGUGGACCGCCAUGGAGAAGCUCGUCGACGCCGGCCUCAGCAAGGCCAUCGGUGUCAGCAACUUCCAGGCCCAGCUUCUCUACGACAUGCUCCGCUACGCCCGUAUCCCCCCCGCCACCCUGCAGAUCGAGCACCACCCCUACCUGGUCCAGCAGAGGCUCAUCGACGCCUGCAAGACCGAGGGCAUUGCCGUCACCGCAUACUCUUCCUUUGGCCCCGCCAGCUUCAAGGAGUUCAACAUGGAGCACGCCGAUGCCCUGACCCCGCUGCUUGAGGAGCCCACCAUCGUCAAGCUGGCCGAGAAGUACGGUAAGGACCCGGGACAGGUCCUCCUCCGCUGGGCCACCCAGCGGGGCCUCGCCGUCAUUCCCAAGUCGUCACGUGAGAAGACCAUGAAGAGCAACUUCGAGGCUGUUGGCUGGGACAUGGAGGACUCCGACAUCAAGACCAUCUCGGCGCUGGACAAGGGCAUCCGCUUCAACCAGCCUGCAAAUUACUUCCCCACCGACAAGCUCUGGAUCUUUGGUUAG